GAGAGGAGGAAAUAAUACUGCUAUCGUCACGUGACCAUGCGGGACCCACGUCAUGCCCAUUCCAAUAUGGCGGUCUGCGUGGCGGUGAUAGCGAAGGAGAAUUAUCCUCUGUACAUACGGAGCGUCCCCAGUCAGAGUGAGCUGAAGUUCCACUACACGGUGCACACGUCUCUAGAUGUAGUAGAAGAGAAGAUCUCAACGGUGGGGAAAGCCAUGGCUGAGCAGAGAGAGCUCUACCUAGGCCUGCUUUACCCAACAGAGGACUACAAAGUAUAUGGUUAUGUGACCAACUCCAAAGUAAAGUUCGUCAUUGUUGUAGACUCGUCAAACACAUCACUAAGAGACAACGAGAUACGGAGUAUGUUCAGAAAGUUGCAUAACUCUUUCACAGAUGUGAUGUGUAAUCCAUUCUACAACCCUGGUGAUCCAAUUCAGUCAAAGGCGUUUGACAGCAUGGUGUCGGCUAUGAUGGUGCAGUCCAGCUAAAGCAAUUUCCUUUAUAUUGUAAAUACAUUAACCUGUCUGUUUUGCUCAUCUCCUGAUGUGUAUAAAUGUUUGUAUAUUGUGUGAAAUAAAAGUCUGUUCAGUUAAGAGAAA